AACAAGGGUUUCCAAUUUGCAUGUCAUCCAAUAUUAUUACAACAAAAGGGUACGUAUAUAAUCCUAACACCUUUAAAAAUGGUGGUAUAAAAAUGUUACCUUCCAUUAUAAUUCCAUAUUGGGACUUACAUUUAAUUGAUUAAAAAAUAUUACAAUAUUUUAUAAUAAUAACUCAUACAAAAGAUAAGAGUACACACACCAAUAAAAUCAUAAAAAUAUAAUACAAAAGAUCUAUAAAUUAAAUACACCAAAAUCGAUCAUAAAUGGUGUCAACAUUUUCCCUAUAAAUAUAAACAUGCAUAACAAAUCUUUUAUAGGUAGAGAAAGAGUGCACACAUUUCAAGGCAAGAAAAGAGAUAUGGAGAUAAUAAUAAACGUGAAGGAGAGGAGUAUGGUGAAGCCAUCGGAGAAAACUCCACGCCGGCGGCUUUGGCUCUCAGUUUUGGACCAGAUUAACAACCUAACUCAUAAUUCAGUCAUCUACUUCUUCAGAUCAUCAUCGUCAAAUAAUAACAAUAACUUUUUUGAUGCUAAUAUUCUCAAACACUCUCUUAGUAAGGUUCUUGUCCCCUUUUAUCCCAUUGCGGGUCGCUUGGUGCGGCCCACCCAGGUCCACGGAGGUGGCCCAGGCCACCAUCCGCGGACUGAGAUUGAUUGCAACGAUGAAGGUGUCCUCUUUGUCACGGCGGAGACCACCGCUGUCAUCGAUGACUUUGGUGAUUUCGCUCCUACGCCACAACUCCGGAGACUCACUCCAACUGUUGACUAUUCUCUUGGAAUUUCUUCUUAUCCCUUGCUCUUAAUUCAGGUUACUUAUUUCAAAUGUGGUGGAGUAUCAAUUGGGUUUGGUUUUGAACAUCAUGUAGUAGAUGGACCUUCAUGUUUUCAUUUUAUUGAAUCAUGGUCUAGAAUUACUCGCGGACUGGAAAUGACUAUUUUACCCUUUCUAGAUAGAACAUUACUAAAAUCUCGAAACCCACCUAAACCCACAUUUCAACCCAUUGAAUACCACAACAACAACCAAGACAUAAUAAAUACUAGUAAUAUUUCUAACAUACCUAUUAUAGGUUCCACUUUCAAAAUCACAAAAGAGCAACUAAACACCCUUAAAGCCAAGGCAGAAGAAAAAGAUAGUACUAAUAAUAAUAAUAAUAAUAAUAAUAAUAAUAAUAAUAAUAUGAUGAUGAUCAAAGCUAGUAGUUAUGUGACUUUAUCAGCUCAUAUUUGGAAAUGUGUUUGCCUAGCACGUGAUAGUGAUAACAACAAAAUCAGUACUCUAUUCCUCCCAGUCAAUGGAAGAUUCUCUAGAAGAUUAGUGGAACCCCAAAUUCCAGUUGGUUACUUUGGUAAUGUGAUAUUUGCAAGUGUAGCAAAGGCUAAGGUAAGUGAUCUCAAAACAAAGCCACUUUCUUAUGCUGUAAAUUGUAUCAAUCAAAGUGUGAAGAGAAUGGACAAUGAUCGCUUAAGAUCAAAUAUUGAUUAUUUGGAACUUCAUCCCAAUUUGGCUUCAGUUAGACGUGGGGCCCACACAUAUAUGAAUCCAAAUCUUGGGAUUAUUAGUUGGGUUAGAUUGAUAAAUUAUGAGGUUGACUUUGGAUGGGGUCAACCUAUUUAUGUUGGACCUGGUGGAACAAUGUUGGAAGGAAAAUCGUAUGUUUUACCUUCUCGAAAUGAUGAUGGGAGUUUAUUAGUGGGCAUAGCUCUCCAACCACAACACAUGAAAACCUUUGAGAAGCUCUUUUAUCACAAUUUCAACAACAAUAAUAAUCUUGCUAAACAUAUUAUCCCAUCUACUUUAUGAUGAUGAUGAUGAUGAUGAUGAUGAUGAUGAUGAUGAUGAUGAUGAUGAUGAUGAUGAUGGUGGUGGUGGUGGGCUUAUAUGUACGAGGCUGAUGUUUGUUUUCGCUAGUUGUAUUUUUUCUAAGAUUUUUCUUACUUUUAAUUUUGUAGCCAAGUGAUGAAUUAGCAUUGGCAUAAUAAAAUCGAUUACUUAUAUUAAACUUUCUUUUUUUUUUU